AUGGUUCUCGAGGCGACUAUGAUUUGCAUAGAUAACUCCGAGUGGAUGCGAAACGGAGAUUACUCUCCGUCUAGGUUACAGGCGCAAACGGAAGCUGUUAAUCUUCUAUGUGGUGCGAAAACCCAGUCGAAUCCGGAGAACACGGUGGGGAUUUUGACAAUGGCAGGGAAAGGAGUUCGAGUUUUGACUACGCCUACCUCUGAUCUUGGCAAAAUUUUGGCCUGUAUGCACGGCCUUGAUGUGGGAGGAGAGAUUAACUUAACAGCAGCAAUCCAGAUUGCUCAGCUAGCUCUUAAGCAUCGGCAAAACAAGAAUCAACGCCAAAGGAUUAUUGUUUUUGCUGGAAGUCCAAUCAAGUACGAAAAGAAGGCCCUAGAGAUAGUUGGGAAAAGGCUGAAAAAGAAUAGUGUCUCUCUUGACAUUGUCAAUUUUGGGGAAGAUGAUGAUGAGGAAAAGCCUCAGAAACUGGAGGCCCUCCUUACAGCUGUGAAUAACAAUGACGGUAGCCACAUUGUUCAUGUUCCUUCCGGAGCCAAUGCUCUCUCGGAUGUACUGCUCAGCACACCGGUAUUCACUGGUGAUGAGGGUGCAAGUGGGUAUGUUUCUGCUGCGGCCGCUGCAGCGGCAGCAGGUGGGGACUUUGACUUUGGUGUGGAUCCAAAUAUCGAUCCGGAGCUUGCUCUUGCCCUUCGGGUCUCCAUGGAGGAGGAGAGAGCAAGGCAAGAGGCUGCUGCUAAGAAGGCAGCCGAUGAGGCAGGUCAGAAAGGCAAAGAUGGGGACACAGCAUCUGGCUCACAGGAGACAGUUGCUAGAACAACUGAGAAGAACGCUGAACCAAUGGAUGAGGACAAUGCAUUGCUAAAUCAGGCAAUUGCUAUGUCUGUAGGAGAUGUUAACAUGUCGGAAGCGGCUGAUGAGGACCAGGAUCUGGCUUUAGCUUUGCAAAUGUCAAUGAAUGCGGAAGAGUCCAGUGAAGCUACAGGUGCUGGAAACCUCUUAGGAGAUCAAGCUUUCAUAACGUCUGUUCUCUCAUCGCUUCCAGGGGUGGAUCCAAAUGAUCCAGCGGUUAGAGAGCUGCUAGCGUCUAUGCCAGACGAAUCAAAGCGUAACGAAGAGGAAGAGAGUAGUAGCAAAGGUGGAGAUGAGAAGAAGUGA